CCUCCCGGCGGAUCCAAAGUGCGUCUGCGGACAGAUGGGAGCAGAUCUAUGAACGGAACAGUGGAUCCGUUGGAUCUGACAUAUGGAACUUUUCUUUCUCAGCAUGUUGCCUCUUCGGAACCGAGUGCGAACGGUUCGGGCGUGGAGACGAGACUUUUGCACAGUUUCGGCUAUUUUUCGUUGCAGAGCGGUUCCGAUGGCAUUGCUCAUUCAAAGAAGAUGUGGAGGAUUGCAUCAACACAGUUUGGCACGAUUACUUAGCUCAAACAAGCCUCCCAAAGGUUUUGAAAAAUCUUUCCCAAAGAGAGAGGAAGGAACUGGCAGCAGAACAUCGAUAGAAAAAAAAAGAAAUCGGGAGCAAGACUCACUGCGAAACGAAAGACAGGAGGGAAAUAAUGGCAGGGGUGAAAGAAGAGGAGGUAAAAAUGAGGAAUCACAGUGGUGGACACGAUUUAAGAAACAUUUUCCCUUGGAUGAAAGGACUGUGCAGAACAUUGCACUUGGUGCAGCCGGCAUGACCACAGCCUUCUUAUACUUCCACUUCAGGGAAACUGGAGAUCAGGUCUCCUGGAAGGAUUUUGUGCAUCAGUACUUGAGCAAAGGCUUGGUUGGUCAUGUAGAGGUGGUCAAUAAACAAUAUGUCAAAGUGUUUCCAGCCGAUGGAGUGAACUCAUCAGAAGUGAAUUAUUUGUGGUUUAAUAUUGGCAGCGUGGCUUCGUUUGAACAUAAGUUGGAGAUGGUUCAGGAAGAAAUGGGUCUGGACUCCACACAGAAAGUACCUGUACUCUACACUAGCGAAAGUGAUGGGACGAUGGUUUUCAGUGUUCUCCCCACUUUACUUCUGGUUGGCUUCCUUCUAGUUGCAACACGACAGGGGCCCAUGGCAAGAGCACACGGUGGCAGUUUGAAAGGAAAUCCAUUUAGCAUGAAUGCAUCUAAAGCCAAGAUAAUUAAAGAGACUGGCAAUGUUCGUUUUAAGGAUGUGGCAGGCUGUGAAGAGGCCAAACUAGAGGUCUUAGAGUUGGUCAGUUUUCUGAAGAGCCCAAAUCAGUACCAUAAAUUGGGAGCCAAGAUCCCAAAGGGUGCACUGUUAUCAGGAUCACCUGGGACUGGAAAAACUUUGCUAGCGAAGGCCACUGCAGGGGAGGCCAACGUCCCUUUCAUCAGUGUCAACGGCUCAGAGUUUCAGGAGGUUUUUGUCGGGGUGGGCCCCGCAAGGAUAAGAGAUGUGUUUUCCAUGGCUCGCAAGAUGGCCCCCUGUAUAGUUUUUAUUGAUGAGAUCGAUGCAGUCGGCAGGACGAGAGGCAAUGGAAGUUGUAUUUGGCAGAGUGAGCAGGAAAACACUCUAAACCAGUUGCUUGUGGAAAUGGAUGGAUUCAACAGUAGCACUAACAUCGUCGUGUUAGCCAGCACCAAUCGAGCCGAUCUCCUGGAUCCAGCUCUGAGGAGACCGGGACGCUUUGAUCGACAUAUACAUUUGGGUCUGCCAGAUUUAAAAGGCAGAGCAUCCAUCUUUAAAGUGCAUCUGAGACCUUUGAAGUUGGAGCCCGGUUUAAAUUUAGAGGAGUUGUCCAGGAAAUUAGCUGCACAAACCCCGGGUUUCACUGGGGCUGAAAUGGCCAGUGUGUGUAACGAAGCUGCACUGAGAGCUGCACGUCACCUCAGCCAAUGCAUCAGAGCUGAGCACUUUGAUCAGGCUGUUGAGAGGGUCAUUGGAGGUCUGGAGAAAAACACGCGGCCACUGCAGCUUCUAGAAAAGACGAUGGUGGCAUAUCACAAGGCUGGUCAUGCUGUAGCAGGAUGGUUCCUCGAGCAUGCAGAACCACUGCUUAAGGUGUCCAUUGACCCUCGAGGGAGAGGUCUUGGUUAUGCACAGUAUCUGUCUAAAGAGCUGCACCUGCUGAGCCAGGACCAGCUGUUUGACAGGAUGUGCAUGAUGUUAGGAGGUCGAGUGGCAGAGCAGGUUUUUUUUCGACUGAUCACCACUGGGGCUCAGGACGACCUCAGGAAGGUCACACAGACGGCGUACGAGCAGGUUGUACAGUUUGGAAUGAACAAAGUGGUGGGCCAGGUUUCUUUUGACCUCCACCUUCAGCAGAACGCAGUCACAGAGAAGCCCUACAGUGAAUCUGCAGCACAGCUCAUAGAUCAGGAGGUCCGCUCACUUGUAGAUGACGCCUUCCAGCGAACACUUCAGCUUGUUGUCAACAAGAAGGAGAUGGUGGAAAAGGUUGCAAAGCGUCUUCUUGAAAAAGAGAUGCUGGACAGAGCCGACAUGGUUGAGCUUCUAGGACCUCGACCCUUUCAAGAGAAGGGCUUAUAUGAGGAGUAUGGUGAAGCGUUAGAUUUUGAAGAGGAAACUCCACCACCUGAAGGACUAAAGGAUGGGCAGAAAAAUAAAGAGGAUAAACAAACCAAAUGAGCUCUUUACCUGUAGAUAGAGAUGUGCAGAUUGUUCCGUUCUUCAUUCACAAAUUUACAGUACCUUGCAAAAAUAUUAUAUGCCCUUGAACCUUU